AUGACGCAAUCUUCAAGUUUACAUCAAGGCCAACCAGCCAGCGCCAUACUCAACUGUCUACUAGCCCAUCAACUAUGCGCCGAGGAUCCGUCGUGCAAGUCCAUCGAGACGGUGAUUCAGCACAUAUGCGGCCCGGAAACAGUGGCGUGCUCGACGACGACGGUGACUAAAUGUCAGGCCGGACUGAGGACCCUGCAAGCCUUUCCGGUCUUCCAUCCGACCUGCCUCUGCCGAGAGCCGUCCGUCGACCCGGAUUGCAACGCUUUCCGCGACUCCCUCUUCGACCACCCGUGCAUGGUGGCCACCCAGAAAGAGCGGGACCUGUACCCGAUCCACGCCCUGCCGACGUGCACUCACGCUCUCGACGUCUGCCAAAAGGAUCUGUCGUGCACGAGACUCUACAACGACUUCCGCGAGCACUGCAAACUGCGCUCGGGCGUCUGCCGCGAUAAGGAAACGUGCUACAAUGCUUGGCGGGGAUUGCGGAUGACUCCGCUGUUCGGCUGCUUCUGUCCAGGAAACGACCAGAAGAAAUGCGAGCGCAUCUACUCGUUUAUUUACAACAAUACGUGCGUCGGUUACCUUACCCCAAGUGGGCAUGUUAUUCGUAAUAGAUCCAAGUCGUCGGUCACGGCGACUCCUUUGAGCGACUCGACGACGAUGUCGAGGGUCUAUGCUAGUCGUCGUCGUCGUAUGCGUCGAUAUCUUGUUAGAUAUCUGCCCCAUCACUUGACCCCACCACCUGCCAUCACCACCACCACCACCCACCUCCAUAACCAGUCCGCCCCGCAAUCUUCUUCUUUUUCUUCGUCAACUUCUUCCGUUGAUGACGGAGAUGAUAACGAGCUAGCACUUGAUACUACUACUACCAGCACUACUAACAGCCUCAUCACUACUACUGAUCCGCCCUCACUACUCCCGACCUCGACCGAUGUAAUUAGCACGAGCACUCCCCCCAUCACUACCACCACGCACGAGCACCACCUUGUCGGCACUACUUCUACCAGCACCAGCACCACCAGCACCACCGUAACUCCAGUACCUACCGCUCAUCAUCUUCUUCUGCGUGAAACGACUUCAUCGGCCGGCCGGCCGGCCGCAAUCUUCGUUGAGUAUAUCAAAUCUAGCCCGGCAAAUAAUAUCAGUAAGAAAAGAUAA